CGCUGCGCUGGCCGCAUGAACGGUCCUCCCGUGCUCCGGCUGGCGCGCACGGCAGAUGCGGGGCUGCGCCAACACCCGCACGGCAGCAGCGCUGUGCAGCAUCGGGCUGCCCGAGCACGCCAGGGGAACGGACCCGACCCGGGGAGCCUGUUAGAGAACCGCAACGCGCAGCCUGACGCCGAGGGCGGCCGCGGGGCUCCGCUCGCUUUGUUCCCCGGCCUCCCCCCGCCCAGCCCCGCACUGAGCAUGUGCGCAGCGCCCCAUCCUCGCCCCGCCUGCGGGCACCCGCUCCGCACGGAGGAGCCGCAGCCCCGCACCGUCCCCGAGGUGGCCGGGCCGCAGCCCCGCCGGCAUGGAGUGAAGGAGGAGCGGAGCCCCGCGCCGCCCGGUCCGGCCAUGGAGCUGCGGAGAUCCAUCUCGGCCAGCGCGGAGGCCGAGAGACCCAUGAGGCGCUACGGGGCAGUGGAGGAGACGGAGUGGAAGGCGGAGGCGCUGGGGAGAAAUCAACUUGACAUCAUUUCAAUGGCUGAAACAACAAUGAUGCCUGAGGAAAUAGAGCUAGAGAUGGCAAAGAUCCAGAGACUUCGGGAAGUCUUAGUCAGAAGAGAAUCAGAACUCAGGUUUAUGAUGGAUGACAUCCAGCUGUGCAAAGACAUUAUGAACCUUAAGAAGGAGCUGCAGAGUUUGGUAGCAAUCCCAGAAAAAGAAAAAACAAAGAUGGAAAAACAACGAGAAGAUGAACUGAUUCAGAAGAUUCACAGACUGGUGCAAAAAAGAGAUUUUCUUGUAGAUGAUGCAGAGGUGGAAAGAUUACGAGAGAAAGAAGAAGACAAGGAGAUGGCUGAAUUCCUUCGUACCAAGUUAAAACCCUUAGACAAAGCAACGCAGUCUCUUACCAGCAGCCCAGCAGAAAAGAAGGCAGAACCUCCUCCAAGCAAGCCCGCCAUUGCCAAGGCAGGAUUGGCCAUUAUCAAAGAUUGCUGCGGAGCCACACAAUGCAGCAUCAUGUAGCUCUGGGCUCUCUACCGUGUUUGUUGUCUUUUCAGAUGUUUUCAUUGAAGGAAGCUGUAGGGUAGAGGCAUUUAACAGCAUCCCACUAAAUGAAUGAAGAUCAACUGUGGUACAGCUGUAAUACAUGGAAUGUACAAUGGCAGGUUCUUCACUGUUGCAUGGAUCACUCAACACGCAUGCCUAAAAAGCAAGAAAUCCAUAUAGUGGCUGUCCAGUGACCAGAAGAGAUCUGUAAUAGUGUUAACAAAGUAUUCCAGUGAUAAAAGUGAAAGAAGUUUCAUCAAGUAAUGUGUUAAAAAAAAAGUUUUAAUAGGUCACUUCAUAAGAAUUUAUUGUCUACCUUUCCCCUCUCACAAACAUAUGCUGGAAUAUUCUAUUUUGACUGCUUUUUAAAAUGAGAGCCACAAAUAGCAAUGCAGUAUGUAGGGCAACCCAUAGAUUAAAUGAAGCAAUUUUAGGGUAACUGAUGUUACAUGCAAAAUAACUUUUGAGCUAAUGUGGUGCUUAACUACUUUGCUGUGGAGUUUCACUCAAGACUAAAUCAGGAACGAGGAUGCUGCAAGUAGAUAUAGGUCUUGUACCUUGCUGGGAGAAGAGCUGAAUGCACCAACAUGGAAACAACAUUUAACUAAUAGCCAACAUUUAACUAAAACCAACUAUUAAUUGCAUAAUUAACAACUACGAGAAAUAGAAGCUAUCAGACAUAGGGAGACAUUGGCCACCCAAUACAAACUGGCCACAAGACAAAUGUAAAAACACAGAAGCAGAUACUUGUGGUAUGAAGGUGAUCACAUUCUACUCAAAAUAGGUUUAAAAUUAAGGGCAAUACAGAAAGAUUUGUGUGUUUCUCCAUUUAUUGCAUUUCUGGUCUCUAUGCAGAUUAAACCUUGUAGAAUCCAAUAUUAGCUGUCAGUAGCUGGUACAUGUGUGACUAUUCCAUAUACAUAUAUUGUGAUAGGUGUAAAUAGUAAAAUAAAUGUACAUGAUAUGAUGUGAAAACAAUCUCAGGCUUAGAAGUAACAAACUGAUAGCAAAAAGUCCUUCAAAUAAGAAAGUUUUGAAGAGUAACUUCAAUUUUGCAAAACCAGCCAAGUUAAACGUGCACUCGUAUACAAAAGAACCACAGUUACACAUAAAAGGGAAAUUUAAUAAACCAACAGCAGAGCUACCCAAAAAGAAUAGAUAUACUUUUAGAGAAAGUAUCUUACCAAGGUUUGAGGAGAAACACCAUCAAAAGUAGAUUGAGCUGUUCUUGCAUGAACUAAAAACAACUCUCUAGAACUGGACUGGUUUGAUGAAGAACAUCUGCAUUUCCAGAAUCACUGCAGACUCACUUGUGACACAGGACUGGUGGCGAUGAGAUUCUUAAGACAUAAGAGCUGUGGAAGAAAUAACACCAAAAGGUUUCCAACUAAGACAUGAAGACAUUAAAUACUUGGAACAAAGAUGUGAAAAUAAAACAUAUCCAAGGCUGAAUAGUGAAAUGCAGUUGGACAACCCUUGUUGACAUACAACAUAUAAGGCUCUGUAGCUGUUAACAGCUACUCUGUCUGGUAUGAGAUGGAGGCUGUAAAGAAUCUAUGUACUUAUGGGAGUUCUGGGAGGGACCAAUUUGCCUAUAUGGGAAAAUACACACGGGAGGGCAAAGAAUGACCACUGACUUCUGGACAGUUCAGCAGAAUUUGCUGGUACCCUCCCUGUUAAGAUGUUCAUACCUCCUGAUGUCUUAAGGUGUAGAUGUGUUACAUCAUAAGCCAAGUUGAAGGGAAGUUAAGAAAAAGAAAGAACAAUUUGUAGUGAAGCCUUAGAAGGGUCUGCUGUUACAACCAAUAUUGUAAAAUGCCAGAAAGUAAAAGGGAUUACAAAGAGGUGUCAGAAGACAAAGAGACAAUUUAGAGACACUAGACCUUAAACUGGGCUGUGCUGGUGACCAGGGUAGCGGUGCCAUGCAGCUGCCUACCACCACUCCCUCAGAAAGAAAAAGCAAUCAGCAGAACAUAGGUAUGUGUUUAAAACUUCACUGGUGUAAAACGAAGCUACACACCACUGGGAUUCAGCAGGCAUAACUACAAAGCUCUCCCUCUAAAAUGAUGGAAAAGCCCAACAAAUGUGAACACAAUAUGCCCUGAGGGACUUGAUCAACAGCAGUAAACUUUAUUUCCAGCAGCAUUACCUUGGCUAAAAGGUUUUCUUGAUGUGGCUCCUUUGUGAUGCUGCUUCACAAUAAAGUUCUGUGUUUUCUUUUUUGAUAAAGACUGAGUGGUUCACAGCUGGGGUCAGCAGCAAUGGCACACAGGGCUGUCCAUGCAGAACACAGCAGAGCCCUGAUGGUUUGCUUCAAACGGCUCUAAUUGAACAAUUUAAACUUGGGAAGCGUGUAGAAAUCUUGGUCCUUGUGUUAAGCAAUGAGACAAAAACUCAGUACUCACCAUCAGGCAUCAUAACUUCCAUGAUCCAACAAAUACAGAACAGUGUGCACACCCCCCAGUUCAAAACCAGCAGAAAACUUGAGACAAGUAGGUUUAGGUGGCCACACGGAGCACCUGCCAUCAUUUCAGAGCCAGUUCAAUGCCUGUUACUGUUACUGCAGGAAAUGUGUUUGACCAAAGUACCCAAAACCUUUUCUUGAAGUUCCAACUGAUCAUGCAGCCUAAAAGGCAACAAGGCAUCGCAGAGAAGGCAGUUGGAGCUGGAUUUGACGACUUCUCUGUAAGGUGUUAAACAGGGCUACGCUCUGUGAAGGAUCUCAGUUUAGAAUAAAAAAAAGUGAUGAAGUGCUAUUUAUACUGAUCAUUCGUUCUACCAGCAAAUGGUUCUCUUGUCCCCCGUCCCCCAGGCCUGCUGACUUCAGCAAAGGUAAAUGUAUUUCCAAAUAAACUAAGCUGCUGUAUUAUACUGAG